AUGUUUGUCAUUGGAGAGGUUGUUCUGUCUGUGUUUUUGGAGCUUUUGGGGGGCAAGUUGCUCGACUCUGCGCUCAACUUUGUCACUGAUCAUAAGCAACUCCACCCCCAAAUGAAGCAGUGGCAGUCCAUAUUACUCGAUAUCCAAGCAGUGUUGGGCGAUGCAGCGGAGAAGCAGAUCAAGAACGAGGGUGUGAAAAAAUGGUUGGAGGAUCUCCAGGACUUGGCUUACAAUUUGGAUGACAUCUUGGACCAGUUUUCUUAUGAACAGUUACGUCUCAAACUCCAAAAGACUCAAGGUCAAGCCAGCACUAGCAAGGUUUUUCUUCAAGGGCUAUAUCUAGCUCUUGUUGACAUAAGACCUUUAGGAUCUCACAUUGCUGUAUACAAGAAUAGUAUCGUAAAUGGUCGUAUUCCCCAAUGCCAACUUCCUGACAUCCAUAUCUUUUACUUUUCAAAGUAUGGAUGUUUGCCAAUACUUUAUAAUUUGACUACUCAAAGAAGUAGUUUGGGGUUGAGUGACAUCUUGUCUCAAGCUCUAACCUCCAAGGGAAAGCAACCCAAGCUGCAACCAACUUCCGUACUGGAUGGAGUUGUGGAGUAUGUUGGUAGACACAAGGAGAAGACAGACUUGAUUGAGUUGCUCAAUGGUAAUAACUCCAAUGGAGUUUCAGUCCUUUCCAUCGUCGGCAUGGGAGGGAUGGGUAAAACAACUCUUGCUCAUCUUGUUUACAAUGAUGCCACAAUCAAUGAGUCUUUUGAUCUCUUCAAAGAAAUUGGAGAGAAAAUUAUUAGAAGGUGCAAUGGCUUACCUUUGGCUGUAAAAGCUAUUGGAAGCUUGCUACGCAUAGUUAAAUAUCACGGAGAAUGGGAAAGAAUAUAUGAGAGUGAGAUAUGGAACUUACCAGAAGAGCAGUGUGGCAUAAUUCCAGCUUUGCGAUUAAGCUACCAUCAUCUUCCGUCAUACUUGAAACGAUGUUUUGCAUAUUGCUCCAUACUUCCUAAAGAUAAUGAAUUUGAAGAAGAAGAAAUGAUCUUGUUAUGGAGAGCAGAAGAGGGUGAUAGGCAACAGAAGUUCUCAAAUCGCACUCGACAUUCGUCUUAUAUUGCUGGUGUAUAUGACACGGUGAAGAAGUUCGAAGCAUUUGAUCAAGUGAAAUCAUUACGUACUUUCCUACCUUCACAAUUGUCACGUGAUCGGAAGCUUUAUUUAACUAAUGUUGUUUUGGUUGAUUUUUUGCCAAAACUUGGCUACCUAAGGGUGCUUUCUUUGAGUGGGUAUGCCAUCACUGAGUUGCCUGAUGUGUUCCAUGCUUCAAAGUUUACUUCAAAGAUGGAAAAUCUUGUCAACUUGCAUUAUCUUGAUAUUAGAGGUGCGCACUCAAUAAAAAGGAUUCCUUUUAGAAUUGAUAAGCUAACGAAUCUUCAAAGGUUAACUGAUUUUAUUAUAGGGGAAGGUGAUGGUUGUCAUAUUAGAGAUUUGAAAUAUUUGUCAAACCUCAAAGGUGAUUUCCGUCUUUCUGGGUUGGAGAAUGUUAAUGGUAAAGAUGCAGGGAAGCCAAAUCCUUCCUUCAAGAAUAUGUUGUCAUUGGAGCUUCACGACUGUAAAAAUUGCGAAUCUCUACCAUCGAUUGGAAGGUUGUUGUUGUUAAAAGAUCUUUCAAUUAGUGGCCUGGAUCAAGUACAUAAGAUUGGUGCUGAGUUGUUUGGAGAAAAUCAAUCAAAUGCUUUUGCAGCAUUAGAGUCUCUGCGUUUUGGCAAUAUGCUAAAUUGGGAGGAGGGACCUAUGUUGCCAGCUAUCCUUCAAUCCUUGCAGAAACUUGAAAUCUUUGAGUGUAAGAGACUGCUAGUUUCAAUUUCAAGUUUUCCCUUGCUGUGUGAAUUAAGGGUUAAUGGGUGUGAAUUGGUGGAUGAAGGUUCUUUGUCUGUACAGAGGGUUACCUCUUUGAAAUAUGUGUCUCGUUCAUAUAUUUCAAAGUUUAAUAUUUCAGCAGAGAGGAUAAUGUUGAGAUCUGCAAACUCUGAAACAUUCAACAUCUAUGGUUGGAAGGAGUUGGGCUCUUUAUCGCAAAAUGGGUUAAGCAUAGUUGGGCAUCGUUUCAUCACGUUUCGGAAUUGUCCCCAGUUGGUCUCUUUGGAAACAGAGGAGGAGAGAUUUCAACUUGACAAGAUUCCAGGUGUUGAAUCUCUAGACAUAAGGGCUUGUGAAAGGCACAAUAGACUACCAAAAGUCUUACAUGCUUUCCCAUUGAUUACGAGAAUAGAACUUGAAGAGUGUCCAGGCUUGGUUUGUUUUGCAGAGAGUAACUUCCCUCCUGCUUUAAAAGAGCUGAGGAUUGUGAGUUGCGUGAAUUUGCUAUAUUUGGUUGAGGAAAAAGAAAAUAAUAAUAAGAGUAUGAGUAGCAGCACUUGUCUUCUUGAGCGCUUAGUUAUGAGUAGCAGCACUUGUCUUCUUGAGCGCUUAGAAAUAAGGGAUUGUCCAUCUUUAAUAUGGUUAUCAUCAAGGGCCGAUAUAUGCAAUCGGCUUCAACAUCUCGAUAUUAGUAAUUGUUCAGAGUUUGGUAGCUUAUUUUUAAAUGCCAAGUUACCCGUAAUGCUUAAACAUCUCGAAAUUUGGUUUUGUCCAGUGUUGGAAUGCAUAGCCCAAGACUUCCUUGAAACCACUGAUCUCGAAAGCGUUACAAUUAGGGGUGCUGAAAAACUGAAAUCAUUACAGCGGGGAUUUGACAAGCUCAGCCAUCUUCAGGAGAUUCGAUUAGCUACGUGUCCAAAUCUGGUUCCAUUUGAAGAAAGUGGGUUGCCCACCACAAAUCUCAGAGUACUCAUGAUUUUCGAUUGUGAAAAUUUUGGAGCCUUCCCAAGUGCAUCAACAACUUCACCUCCCUUCGAGAAUUAG